UGUGAUUCCUUUCAUUUGCAUAACGUGGGCUUUCUGUCUUGCAGGAAAACCCUGCCAUGGCAGUUGCAAUCAAAACGUGUAAAAACUGUACUUCAGACAGCAUCAGAGAGAAAUUCUUGCAAGAAGCCUUAACGAUGCGUCAAUUUGACCACCCCCACAUUGUCAAGCUGAUUGGCGUCAUUACGGAAAACCCUGUCUGGAUCAUUAUGGAGCUGUGUACUCAGGGAGAGCUGAGAUCGUUUCUCCAAGUCAGAAAAUACAGCUUAGAUCUGGCGUCUUUGAUACUUUACGCUUAUCAACUUAGCACCGCCCUUGCCUACUUAGAGAGCAAACGGUUUGUACAUAGUACCAUGCGAGAGACUUGGGAAAGGGUGACAUCUACUGGGCAGCUUAUUCCUGUGUUUUCUAAAAUAUUACUAGCACCAAGUGUAUGCAUGUGGGAAAUCUUAAUGCACGGCAUUAAGCCUUUUCAAGGGGUGAAGAACAACGACGUGAUUGGCCGGAUCGAAAACGGCGAGCGCUUGCCGAUGCCGCCCAACUGCCCGCCUACUCUCUACAGCCUCAUGACCAAAUGUUGGGCGUAUGAUCCCAGCAGGCGUCCGCGAUUUACGGAACUUAAAGCUCAGCUGAAUACGAUCCUGGAGGAGGAGAAGCUGCAGCAGGAAGAACGACUAAGGAUGGAGUCCAGGAGACAAGUGACCGUGUCCUGGGAUUCUGGAGGAUCCGAUGAAGCUCCUCCCAAGCCCAGCAGACCCGGUUACCCCAGUCCAAGAUCAAGUGAAGGAUUUUAUCCCAGUCCACAGCACAUGAUACAACCCAAUCACUACCAGGUUUCAGGCUAUCCCGGUUCCCAUGGAAUUCCAUCCCUGGCAGGUAGCAUUUAUCCAGGACAAGCUUCUCUGUUGGAUCAAACAGAUUCCUGGAACCAUCGGCCUCAAGAAAUAUCCAUGUGGCAACCCAACAUGGAGGAUUCCGGCAGUUUGGAUAUGCGCGGAAUGGGACAUGUCCUACCAGCACAUCUAAUGGAAGAGCGAUUGAUACGACAGCAGCAGGAAAUGGAGGAAGACCAGAGAUGGUUGGAAAAAGAGGAGCGGUUUCUGAAACCCGACGUGAGGCUGUCCAGAGGGAGCAUCGACCGCGAGGACGGAAGUCUCCAGGGUCCGGCUUCUAACCAGCACAUUUAUCAGCCUGUGGGCAAACCAGAUCAUGCUGCCCCGCCUAAAAAGCCACCACGCCCUGGAGCUCCCAGCCACUUGGGCAGCCUUGCCAGUCUCAACAACCCUGUGGACAGCUACAACGAAGGGGUUAAGGUACAACCGCCACUUGGAAGACUCGCUCGUUAGUCAUCAAAAGGCACCAGUCAAAGGGGAGGGUGCUGUUACUACUCAUGUAGAACAGGGCUUCUCAACCUCAGCUACAAGACGCGUGGCCUCC